UUGUCUAUGGUGUGAUUGUAUAUAACUUUGCACAUUUUCUUUCUCAUUACAGAGAGAAUACUCCAUGCAAAGCACUUCCAACAAUAAGAAUCUUGAGGUCAUUAUCAUUGCUAUAAAUAGGUUCGUUCACGCAUUCCUAUUAAUUCGGCUAGAUUUUCAAAGAAGCGUGAAUUGACAGUAAGCAGGAUACUGCAUCUGACUGCGAUGCUUGUGUCUUUGUCCAGGGCUAGUCAGGAUUACGUUCUCAAUUUGAGCAGACAUGUACAAAAUCACUCUAAAGGAGGAUUAAAGUUUUGUUCUAUACUAUGACCAACUUUCCCCAGGAUGCCUCAUUCCUAACCAAUCCCUUUGCAGUCUGAAGUUUAGAUGAUGUCAUGGGAUCUGAAGAGGGAGAUGAAAGGGAUAAGAGUGCAACCACUGGUGCUGUGAAGUGCUUCAUACACACACACAGACACAGUGCAGAGCCACCACAGCCGCCUACCACUGCACUCAGAUCAAACCCCCCCAUCGCACAGCGCAGGAAGCUCGAUCGCAUUUUCCCUUUCGGAGUGCUACAGACGAGCAAAAAGGGAUCUACAACCGAGAGAAGAAACCCAAAUACAGGAAGCGACUUUCGAGUUUCUCUGUUUCUUGAUGAGAAAGCCGAGGUAGAUCUCAGUGGAGAUACCUUUUACCGCAGGAAUGAGAGUCGGGAUGUCCCACAAACAGAAAUGCAUGUUGCAACACCUGCUGAUCGCUUUGUUGUGUCUGAUUCAUGAAGCUGCAGGUGAGACAGGAGACUGCCGGGAGCAGGAAUACAGAGAUCAAGUUGGAAACUGUGUGGCCUGCAAACAGUGUGGUCCAGGGCAAGAACUCUCAAAGGAAUGUGGAUUUGGAUAUGGGGAUGAUGGACAGUGCGUGACCUGCAGGCCAAGCAGGUUCAAGGAAGACUGGGGAUUUCAAAAGUGCAAGCCAUGCCUGGACUGUGCUCUCGUAAACCGCAUCCAAAAGGCCAACUGCACAGCCACCAGUAAUGCUGUGUGUGGAGACUGCUUGUCAGGAUUUUAUAGGAAGACCAAAUUAGGUGGUUUUCAAGAAAUGGAGUGCAUUCCAUGUGGGGACCCUCCUCCUGCUUAUGAGCCUCACUGUAGCACUAGAGUAAACCUGGUAAAGAUCCCAUCAACUGCCUCCAGCCCGCGUGAUACUGCAUUAGCAGCUGUGAUAUGCAGUGCUUUGGCCAUGGUUUUGCUAGCUCUCCUUAUCCUGUGCAUCAUCUACUGCAAGAAGCAAUUUAUGGAGAAAAAACCCAACUGGUCAAUGAGGCUGCAGGAUACUCCGUUAAAUGGGGCAGAACUGUCUUCCUUUGACAGACAGAGGGUUAAUCUGAGUCCACAGAGAACCUGCACACACUGUCAACAAGGUCCAGCACAGGCUUAUGGACCUGUUCACCUGGUUCCAUCUUGUUGUUUUGACGAUGCCUGUAGUCUGGAGUACAGCAGUGAGAGUACCUAUCCUCCAUCUGAAUCGGUGCAUUUUAAAAGGAACGUGGAAUGUGGUGGUGAAAUGCUGCCCUCUUUCCUUGAUGUUUUUACACCAUCCUUUGGUAGCGACACUUCAGAAGCCUGGCCUCUAAUACGAGACUCUGCCUGCAGUGAUGCUGCCUCUUUCUGUGAAUCUCUUAACCCAUCAAACCCUGAGGCUUCCCCAGAGGACGUUACUAGUAUUGGCCUACAGUCGGAAGCUCCAAAUAUCCCACCUUCAGAUACGUGCCCAAGGCAGGAAGAUCAAUCUGAGUCACUUUGUCUGCAGCCCCUUUCAGUGGAGAUGAGUGGAACUGUAGUAGGGCUCAGAAAGCAACAAGGUGCAGAAGAUCCAGGUGAUCCCCCAUCAUUGAACAUUGGAGACAAAGAGCAGCACCUAAUGGAGAGCAAUGCUCCAAAUGAAGAAAUCGAGAACUGUGUCUAGAACACAUCUUGAUGGUGUCACAGGAAUGUCUGCCUUUUUAUCCUUCUCCAUUGACUCUUUCAAGCUAAAGAUACAUUCUGCUGAGGCCUGAAAUUUCAGGAUUAUAUGGUUUUCUCAGCCAGUGGCAAACUGUGGGCUACAUCAAUUGGUCUGAAUUUGUCGCAGACAGGAACCACAUCCCAGUGAAUAUGUGCUUCAUUUUAAGCAGCAGUCUAUUUCUACCAGUGGUGAUUUACUAUUUGCUUUUUUUUGUAUGAAACAUUUGGCACGUUGUUCAAAGGUCUUGGGAGGAAUGUUUAUGAAUGCAGUGGUGGUGAUGAAGAACUCUGUCAAAACGUCAUUGUGCUCAAACUGCUAAAGGAUUUCUGAAGAUAAAUGACAAGGAAAUCCAUGGUUCACACAGCAACCAGUGUGUUAAAGCUCUCACUGUGGUUGGCUCUUACAUGUGACAGUGAAGUGUUAACAAGUGUGGCCACAGACACUGCCUGGCGAGGAUUGUGGGAAGUGGUGUUCCACAAAAAUGAUAUUGAUUUAUUAGAUAUCUAACUAUAAAUCUUUGUUAUUAAAGCUUUAGAAAAAAGUUGUACACUUUAAUGUUUUGUUUAGAAAGUUGCCACUAUACAUUGCAGAUAAUGAAUUUUUGUUAAGUAUAAAUAAUUAUAAAUGAAGACGGUAGCCAUUUAUAUUGUGUUCCACCUCUGCCAUUGUACUACCAUAGUGCAUCAAUGAAAAAAAACCUGUCACUGUGAAUGAUGUGUUUAUCGUUCUCCUUGCUAAGGGAAGCUAGAUUGGCCGAGCUGAUUGUGCACUAAAUAUUGGAACAAUGUGGAGGUGGAAUUGAAUGACUUUAGUUUAUACAUGUUAGUGCAUGCCAUGAGUGGCCAGACAAUAAGUUUGUUCAUCAUACAAUAUUCCAUUUCCCUUCAAAAGACUGGAUUACUCAGUUGAAUCACAUCAUUCAAACACUUAUGGCUUUUUUUUAUUAAUAUUAAAUGUUGAACUUUGGUGCUUAUACAAUUUAUUUUAAAAAGGAUGGCCAACUGUGCAUCGGAGUAGAUUUCAAGACUUCUUUAGCUAAUGGCUACAAACUCAAUAAAGUACAGGAAAAUGCAUCCUACCUUUCUGUCU